AUGAUCGAACAGGUAACAGAUUGGCUUCAGCUUGCUCCAGUACAGACGUACUUUUUUGGUCUAGACGACAUUCGAAGAGCGGACGUGCAAAUCGUCAUGCGAAUUGGAACCCUGCCAUGGACACACGACGUUUGUCUCCUCCGGGAGAACUCGAAGUCGUACUUGCGACCAGCCAUGGCCAAUGCGACUUACUUUCGAUUUUAUAAUUAUUACUGUCUAAAUAAUGUCGGUCGAGUAAUGUCACCAAGGGAGGCAAUUAUCAUAGCCACGUCUACAAUGCGAGCAUAUGCCAAGGUGGCCACGAACAAUGCGUCUGUGUUUGCUACAGGUGGAACCCUGCCAUGGACGGUCAGGUCGGUUCGGUCGCUUCGGUCCGGUGACCAGCGUUCACACCGGCGGAGACGAUGGUCGUCGUCGAUUCACAAAGCGAAGCAGCACGGGUGGUCGAUGCUCAACGGAGGAUAA